UUGAUUUUAACAUAUAUAAGUAUUACAGCACUUGAGGGUAUCCACUGCGUCUUUGUGGCGGACUUACUUAAUCUUGGCCUCAAUCAGACAACUUACGAUAAGGAGUGGAAUUUGACAGCGCAUAUAGCUAACUAUUUUGAAAAUGCUAGGAUACGUUCUUCUGGAGGACUUUGGACUUACGGAUAUAAUAUGCGAGCACAACAUGAAGAUUUUAACGAUGUGUUCAAGAAUAUGUCAACCAACUGGGCCGAUUUCGCUACAAAUGCGAAACAGUAUUUGAAAGUCAACCCUAAAGGCGAAAACUGUUUUCCUCCAGGAGGUAAUAAAAGGCCAGAAGCAUUUGUACUCUCCAAUACCUCGUCCCAACUUUCUCCAAACAACAACAAAAACAAAUGGAAAAUUUCAACGCCGUCACUCUCCGAAGAAAAAAUGCGUGGCGCUCGAAAUACUGCUAACAUAUUCUGUAUUUACCGCGGUGUUGUGACGUGCGACAGUUAA